GGGAAACCGGAAGGACAGAUCUGUGGCUGGGUAGAAGGACGGGUACGUGUUGUUCCGUGCUCUGUAGUCUCUGUGGAGGGAAAGAUGCUAACCAAUAUCUCCAGUGUACUGAGGGCCUGCGCUCAGAGAAAUGGAGCUGCAGCAGUCGUGUCAGCACGAACCUAUGCCGACUUCACAACCCAGGCAACCUUUGAAAUAAAGAAAUGUGACGUCCACAAGCUGGACGAGGCCCCUGCAACUCAGGUGGUUAUGACCCGGGAUGAGGGUCUGCAGUACUACCGCACCAUGCAGACUAUGAGGCGGAUGGAGCUGAAGGCAGACCAGCUGUACAAGCAGAAGAUCAUCAGAGGGUUCUGUCACUUAUAUGACGGCCAGGAAGCUUGUGCUGUUGGCAUCGAAGCGUCAAUUAAACUGACAGACCACCUGAUCACAGCGUACCGUGCACACGGCUACACUUUAACAAGGGGAGGGACUGUCAAGGAGAUCAUGGCUGAACUCACUGGCAGAAGAAGUGGCAUUGCAAAGGGCAAGGGAGGCUCUAUGCAUAUGUACUGUAAAAAUUUCUAUGGAGGAAAUGGAAUUGUUGGCGCUCAGGUUCCUCUAGGUGCGGGCGUGGCACUAGCCUGCAGAUAUAAGGGCACCGAUGAGCUGUGUGUCUGUUUGUAUGGUGAUGGUGCUGCAAACCAGGGUCAAAUUUUUGAAACCUACAACAUGGCAGCUCUUUGGAAGCUGCCCGUCAUCUUCAUCUGUGAGAACAACAGGUAUGGGAUGGGCACGUCGGUGGAGCGAGCUGCAGCCAGCACCGACUACUUCAAGAGGGGAGAAUUCAUUCCUGGUCUCAGGGUUGAUGGCAUGGAUAUUCUGUGUGUUCGCGAAGCAACUAGAUUUGCAGCUGAUCACUGCCGGUCUGGAAAGGGUCCAAUACUCAUGGAACUACAGACAUACCGUUACCAUGGACACAGUAUGAGUGACCCUGGGGUCAGCUACCGCACACGCGACGAGAUCCAGGAGGUCCGCAGUAAGAGCGACCCCAUCUCCUUGCUGAAGGACCGCCUUCUCAGCAACAACAUGGCCAGCGUGGAGGAGCUUAAGGAGAUCGAUGUAGAAGUGAGGAAGGAAAUCGAGGAUGCAGCACAGUUCGCCACCACAGAUCCUGAACCCCCUCUGGAAGAGCUGUGCAACCACAUCUUUUGCAACAAUCCACCGGUUGAGGUGCGCGGCACCAACCCGUGGGCCAAACUGAAGUCUCUUAGCUAAAAUUUGAGUUGUAACGUCAGUUCAACUGUAAGCCAACUCCACAUGCUGUUAUGUGAACAGACUUCACCUAAUGUACCAUAUCUGAGUGCAUCAUAUCCAGUGCUUUAACCAUUAUUUUACUGGCACUUUUAAGCAAUGAGGGCCAUAAUUUAUAAACAUGUUCUUAAAGCUAAACUGACAUUAAAUGGUUCAACUCUCAA